AUGAAUAAACGAUCUAAUUCGAGGACCGAUGAUGAUCGUACCAGGGAUGCACAAGCUCACGAGCUCCAAAGUACCUUUUCAUCUAGGUGUCAAGAUCCAACAACCUCAUCUCGAAAUCGUGCAGAUGUGGAUCAAGUCAAGUCGCUUUCCGAAACCAACAGUCUCUAUGAAGUGUCUAAUGCAGCCACCGAACUUCCCGCCAUGUCUGACCAUAUCCCAGACCCAUGCAUGCUGUCCCAAACCUCUGCUCGCUAUCCUAAGCUGCCUGAUAGAGUUCCAAUCACUUCAAAUGGCUCAAUCCAAAAUCGCUUGCUACCAACUAGCAUCCAACCUCUUACAAACUUGACAACUUUUACAUUGUUUCCGAAACUUCCCCUUGAGAUACGGCGAAUGAUAUGGAAAAAGACUUUGCCCGGCCCAAGGAUUAUUCUCAUACGGUCUAUGAUGAGCAAGUGGCCCCUUCGAACUACUACCCGACUUCCAAGGGAUUAUAAUACAUAUAAAUCCAAUUACGCUAUGCCAAUUGCAAUGCUAGUGUGCAAGGAAGCUUCAGAUGGUAAGAUCCCUUAG